AUGGUCUAUCUUUGCAAGUUUGCAGCCAUUGUGGCUUUGGCUCUUGCGGCGCCUUCCUCUGCUAUCGAUCCUAAUGCUAUUUACGACGGAGGCAUCAAGGGCAACAAUGGGAGUAUUCAGCUUGCCAUUGGUAACGGCGGUGCUGGUCAGAGUGGUCUGAUUAAAGCUCUCGCGGAUGCGUACAUCCAGGACUCCGUCUCCAAAGGCACCAAGCCCUUCAGAGUCGCAUGGUACACUAGCGACACCACCUACAGCAUCCAGUAUCUCCAGUCUGGCCUCCUCGAUGUCGGCAUCACCUACAACCCGGCCGCAGAAAAGAUUGCCAUUGAUCAGGGAAUCGCCCUUUCUCCCAGCUAUUAUGCCUUCCGGGACCACUUUCUGCUGGCUGGCCCCAGGGCCAACCCUGCCAACGUCUCCAAGUCAACCGACAUCUACACCAUGUUUUCUCAGAUCAGACAGGUUGCUGAGAAUGAAGUUACUACACCACCAGUGCGAUUUCUGAGUCGUUACGACAAGUCUGCUACCAACAUCAAGGAUUCCCUGCUGUGGGUUAGCAUUGGCCAGGUCCCUUGGGCUACUGCUUAUUCCACCUGGUAUCACCAAUACAUUGCCUUCCCCAUCCAGGCUCUCACUGCAGCCAUUCUCUUGAAUGAAUACACCAUCACUGACCGCGGCACUUAUUUGUCUCUGGAUGCUGGUCUGCGCAACCAGACGGUCAUUUACAAGGCUGGCACAGAUAGUGCCGAUGAUCCUCUUCUGAACCCUGCUCAUCUUUUGGUUGGAAAGAAGGCUCCUCAUCCCAAGGUGGCCAGCGACUUUGCCAAAUGGGUGGUUGGCAAGCGUGGCCAGGAUGUGAUUAUCGGAUUCAAGAAGGACGGCCAGCAGCUGUACAGCCCAGCGCCAUCAAACUCGACUGCUAGACGAGUGUGA